AUGAAUAGAAGUAUUGCUUUUAAAGUAGUUCUAUUAGGAGAAGGCAGUGUUGGUAAAACUUCAAUUGUUCUACGUUAUACAGAAAAUUUAUUUAAUGAUAAACAUCUUGAAACACAACAAGCUUCUUUCAAAACAAAAAAAUUAAAUUUGGAUGGUCGUCGGGUUGAUUUGGCUAUAUGGGAUACAGCAGGACAAGAACGAUUUCGAGCACUUGGUCCUUUAUAUUAUCGUGAAGCAAAUGGUGCUAUACUUGUAUUUGAUAUAACAGAUGAAGAUUCAUUCGAUCGAGUAAAAAGUUGGGUAAAAGAAUUAAAACGAAUGUUGGGCGAUGAUGUAGUUUUAUGUAUUGUCGGAAAUAAAAUUGAUCUUGAAAGAGAUCGCCAUGUAUCCAUGCAAACAGCCGAAGAAUAUGCUCGAUCAGUUAAUGCAAAACUUUAUCAUGCAUCAGCUAAAUUAAAUAAAGGAAUUGAAGAAAUUUUUAAUGAUUUAGCUGCUCGUAUGCUUGAAAAAGUACCAGCAACUUCAAAUAAUUCGAAUGCACUUCGACCAAGUGGAAUUCCCAUUCAAUCAUCUUCAACAACAGGUGAAAAUGGUCGGCAGAAGGCUGGCUCUUGUUGCUAGUGCUUUGUUUUUUAAAUUUUAUGUUUAUUCAUGUGAAAAAUCGAAGUUUAAAAAAAAACCUAUUAUUAUUUUUUUUUUCAUGCUCUUAUUUUCUAUUAUUAUUAUAAAUUUAUGUUCAAUUUCUAACUACAAAUUCUCUGAUAUUUCUCUCGGUUGAUCGAUACACAAUGUACGUUCUAUCAAAACUCGAAAUAGAGCUACACUUUUUUAGACUUGAUCUUCAUAUGAACCUCCUCAAAGUGUUUGUAUCUAUCAUCGAUUUUCGCCGGUCUUGUCUGUCUUUAGCGGCUGCUGUCUUUGUUUUUUAUCUACUAGCAUUAUGAUAAUAAUUGAAUACAAGCACAAUACUUUCUUGAUAACAAGAUAAGGAAUGCUUGUUUUUACUGGAAUGAUGACUGUACGAAAUAUGUACUGAUGUAGUAAAGCGUGUAUUUGCCGAGAAUAGACAAAAACGAAAAGAUUAACAUUAAUAAAAAAAUCUGUUUUUAUUUUGAAAUAUUUAAAAUAAAUUUGAUGAGCUAGUUGAAGAAACAAUAUCGAAUCCUGCCAUAUCAUGAUAAUAUAAAUAUGAAUUAGAAAACAAUAAACAUUGGCCAAUGAUUCAUGUAUAAUAAUAAUAAUAAUAUUAAUUGAAUAGAAAGUGUAAAAAAUAACUCAGAAAACCGGUUGAGUAAAGUAAAUCAUAUAAUGAGCGAUGAACAAUCUAUUAUUAGACAUGAUUAUGUCCCGUUAAAAUGGAAAAACAAAACCAUUUCUUCCAUAUUAAUCUUAGAUCACAUAAUAUUUCUGAAUAAGUAACCUGUUGAUAAAUUACCGAAAAAAAAAACUUUUCAGAGCUUAA